AUGAGGCUGUGGCAGUGGGUGUGGCUGUGGCUGUGGCUGGUUGGGCUGGGGGCCAUAGAAACAGCACCCAGCCAGGAGAAUGCCAAGGUCUUGGCCUUGGGAGCAGAGUCUCCGCUCUUCAUAGACAGACCUGACUUCUUUGAUUACCCAGACUCAGACCAAGCCAGGCUCCUGGCCCUGGCCCAGUUUAUUGGAGAGAAACCCAUCAGCUUUGCUAACUCAGGUUCCAACUCCAGGUUCUUCCAUCACAUCCUGGCGGGUGCUCUGAUAGUGGCCGCCUUCUUCCUCCUUUUCCAGUUCUGCACACACAUGUAA